CCCGUGGUGUUGCUCUAGCACGAAAUGUCCUACAAAUCAAUAUUCUGUUCGUUUUUCUUUUUAUUGGGGGCGGGUUUGGUCUCCAUUGAAGGUAAAGUUUUCACCAAGUGCGAACUGGCGAAGACGAUGAAGGCCCACGGGUUCCCCAAAUCUCAGCUGGGAACUUGGGUUUGCAUCGCCUACCACGAAUCGAGACUCAACACGAAAACAGUAAAUCAUGCUACGGGUGAUUAUGGAAUUUUUCAAAUUAGUCAUUAUUACUGGUGCAGCGACAGUAACGUACCCGGGAAAGGUUGCAAAAUUACUUGCAAGUCGCUUCUGGUAGAUGAUAUUUCUGGAUCCAUGGCUUGUGCCAGAAAGGUCUUUACCGAGACUCAAAAAGGCAAGACGAAGAACGGAUUCACGGCAUGGGUGACUUAUAAGAAACAUUGCAAAGGCAAUCAAAGCAAAUGGAUCAAAGGAUGUGGCUUGUGAAUGACAAACUGGAAUGGAAACAAAGUCAUCAAUCAAUCAAGCGUAGUCCUUAAACAAUAAAUUUAUU